CGGGUCGAUAGACCGAAGAGAAGAAGGAGGAAGAAUCUAAGACGUUUUUUAACGCCUCUGGGGGUUUUUGGUACUUGUUUGUCCAACAAACCUGUGUAAAACAAUAACUUAAGAGAUGGGGAACCGGGUCGCACGUGAGGACUACGAGUGGGUCUACACAGAUCAGCCUCACGCAGACAGGAGGAAAGAGAUCCUGGCAAAAUACCCAGAAAUCAAAUCGUUGAUGGGUCCUGACCACAGGCUCAAAUGGAUUGUGUGCAUGAUGGUGGCUAUACAGUUUUUAGCUUUCUACCUGGUCAAAGACUUGGACUGGAAAUGGGUUUUGUUCUGGACUUAUGCCUUUGGUAGCUGUAUCAAUCACUCAAUGACCCUCGCUAUUCACGAGAUCUCCCAUAACACAGCGUUUGGAAACAACAAAGCCAUGUGGAACCGCUACUUUGCCAUGUUUGCCAACCUGCCCAUCGGUCUGCCUUACUCUGCCUCCUUCAAACGCUAUCACCUGGACCACCACCGCUACCUGGGCGGAGACGGCGUAGAUGUAGACAUCCCCACCGAGUUUGAAGGCUGGUUCUUCUGCACACGCUUCCGCAAAUUCAUCUGGAUUAUUCUGCAGCCGCUGUUCUACGCCAUCAGGCCUCUCUGCAUCAACCCCAAACCCAUCAGUCAGCUGGAGCUCACCAACGUAGCCGUCCAGCUCACCUUUGACGUCCUGCUCUACUGGCUGUGGGGGGCCAAGCCUGUGGUGUACAUGCUGGCCGGCUCCAUGCUGGGGAUGGGCCUCCACCCCAUUUCUGGCCACUUCAUCGCCGAGCACUACAUGUUCCUCAAAGGCCACGAGACGUACUCCUACUACGGCUCCCUCAACCUGCUCACCUUCAAUGUGGGCUACCACAACGAGCACCAUGACUUCCCCAGCAUCCCAGGACGCAGGCUGCCCAUGGUGAAGAAAAUAGCAGCAGAAUAUUACGAGGAGCUGCCUCAGUACUCAUCGUGGGUGAAGGUUCUGUACGACUUCAUCAUGGACGAUGCACUCAGCCCUUACUCUAGAAUCAAGAGGAAGCUGAAGGGAGAAGUCAAACAGGAGUAACUUCACUGAGAGCUUCUUUAGAACAAAGCUGCUGUCUGUGUCCACAAUGACAGCAGUCUGCCACACCAUCCUAUAGACUUAACUGCUUCUGCAUAUUAAUACAUAUACAACAUGUGAAACGAAGGUGGAGACUGCACUAGUUUGGAAGUGUGCUUUUCAUCCACAGCAAGAGAAAAUGGAUUCAGGUCAUUAAGAACAACUGCUCACACGCUUAUCUUUUUAGUUAGGAAUAUGAUAGUUUAUCAGUGCUUACAGGCAGUACAGGACUGGUUGCACAAAGACUUUAGCUUUAGAUCAAACACAUAGUUCAAUUUAAGAUUGACGUCUAAAGACUGGUUGGAUUUCCAUGAAAUGUUCCCCUCAGCAUUUAUAAGAAUCAUUGUGGUGAUCUCCUGCCUUUUUGCAUUAGAAGUUGUCCUGUUGUUUGGUUUAUGACUGUCUGUAAAAUAACUCCUAGUCUCUGUCCAAGCUGUUGGAUCCACAGCUGUUGGAUCUACUGCUGUUGGAUCCACAGCUGUUGGAGUAUUGAGUAAAUGACAUGUUAGCAAAACAACGAUAAAACAAUGUUAAAAUACGAACAAAGUGCAGAAAGAUUUGUGUUUACUCUGAAGAGCCAAAAUAUAUUACUGCAUAGUAGCUGUACGCUAGAUUGUGUGUGUGUGUGUGUGUGUGUGUGUGUGUGUGUGUGUGUGUGUGUGUGUGUGUGUGUGUGUGUGUGUGUGUGUGUGUGUGUGUGUGUGUGUGUGUGUGUGUGUGUGUGUGAGUGUGUGUGAGUGAGUAAGUACUCCUCAAACAGCUACAGCUUUAACAAAAUGCCUUUUUAUUAGAAUCAUGCAUAAGUAAGUUGGGGUCUCCAAAAGCCAUUUCCCUCAUUAUUACUGACUGCAGAACAGUAGUCCACAAAAUGAUUUUUACUUUUCAGCAGUUUGAAAUGUCCAAAUGUGUGUAAAGACGUGCGUGUCUCGUAUGGUUUCUCCAUAAAUAAGUGUCAUUACGAGACUAAAAUCCUUAAAUUGACAUCUAGUCCUUCAUCUUCAUUAAAACUUCUAGAAUCUGUUUAGUCCAUUCUCAGUGUUUGUUUAGUGCAAGCUUCAACUUUCCACAUGACACUUGUUUAAGUUGUAUACUGUACCAGGAUCAGAGACACUUUCUAUAUCCAGCAGAUGAAUGUGAAAACUGUACACACUCAUUCUACACAGAGAGGCUCAAACAUUUAACUGUAGAAAGAAAAAGAGGAAGAUGAGUAGAGGAAACUAGCUGUUUUAAUGCCUGUAAGUGUGAAGAAAUGUAAGGCUGACUUCACUGUAGGCCACUUUAAGAGGUUUUGUGCAACCAGCUCUGGACAUGAGCCACCAACUUCACCACACACUGUUACACUACCUACUCUGGAUGAUGAAUGAGUACAAACUAUGUUACACUUUUAUUUAGCCACACAUGAAUUGUAUACAAUGGAAUGAAUUUCAAUAUGUGUCUGUAUUUUAGACCCAACAGCUGGGUUUUUGGUGUGUGUGUGUGUGUGGUAGUAACUGGACCAAAGUUGAACUCUGAGUGAAUCCACUCAUCAUUAAUGGGAAGGCUUGCAUUGGUGGCUUUAUAUGUUGAAUGUAGAAGCUGACCUCUUCUGGCUUAUGAACCAUUUUUUCUUUACUGCUUUGCUUUUUAACACUUUAUUGUAUCACACUGUACAACCUGUUGUUCUGCAUUUAUAUACAUUAGUCAGUUUUAAAUAGUGUUGUAUGUGUGAUGAACACCUCACUCAUUAGUGCCUUCAAGCUUUCUUCUAAAUUCCACAUCUGUGGUCUUAAUUUAAAUUUCAUGAAUUUAUUGACUGUUUGCCAAUGAUUGAAGAAAGUGUUUAAAGUUCAAAUCAUUGUUGGUUAGUUUUUUGUUUUCAGACUUUAGCCUGCAGUUGUACAGAUAGGACUGUAGUUACUACUGAGGCCGUGUCCUUUGUGUUUCAUUAUUUAGCAACCAAAUAAUGGUUGCUAUUGAACCGGCUGAUUCUAUGAUGAUUAUUUUCCAUAAAGUUAAUUUUGACUAUGUUAAAGCCGAUGAAAUAAAUGAAUAAAAAGAAUUUCACAGUU